UCCCCUAUUUUACAGAUUCCCUAUCCAAUCAACACUGCAUCAGAUUACCUAUCAUAUUCUCUAUCACAUUAUAAUAAUAUUUCUUUCUCUUUCUUUUGUUUAUUCUUUUAACUUGUAUAAAUAAGAGAACAAAUAAUUAUUUUUUAACAUCUUUGGUGACCCGAUAAUCUAAAAAUUAAUCUGAAUUAAUAUAUUAAAUAAUUUAAAAAAUAAUUAAACUAAUUGAAUUUUUUCUCCCCACAAAAAUCACAUUACUACAUUCCCCUCACCUAUCCAACCCACAAAAAUCACAUUGCUACAUUCCCCUCACCAACCAAUCCCACAAAAAUCACAUUGCUACACUACCCUCACCUACGAUCCCUACAAAAUUCACAUGCCUACACUAUACCCUCCACCUACCAUUCUACAUCCACCAAUCCCCAAUGACCACUUCUAUAUAUCCUUUUUAUGAGCAACAUUUAUCUUUGUCAAUACCAAACAUCUCUCCCAUUUACUUGUUUACUACAUUCAUUUCCAUCAAUGAGACCAUUUAUCAAGAAAUUCGUUUUUAACUCAUCGUCAAGCUCUUCCUCUGAUGAUGAUGUUGAAGAUAUACUCCUUCUUGAAGCUGAAAGAUUGAGCUUGGAAAUGAGCAGAGGAUUGACAUCACGUGAUCGGCGUUUGUACAUCAACCGAGGAUCCAUACAAGGCCAUAAUAGACUUUUCAAUGAUUAUUUUGCUGAAAAUCCAGUGUAUCCUCAUGAUCGAUUUCGGAGAAGAUUUCGUAUGAGUAGAGAUUUAUUUUUACGUAUCCAGGAGGCAGUGGAAGCUCAUGAUCCUUAUUUUCGACAAAAAAGAAAUGCUGCUGGAAAGCUAGGGUUAUCUCCUCUACAAAAGAUAACGGCUUCAUUGAGGAUGCUUGCUUAUGGCGUCACCGCAGAUUUUAUGGACGAGUAUGUUAGGAUUGGAGAAUCCACAGCUAUAGCCAGUUUGAAGAAAUUUACAAGAGCAAUAAUUUCUAUUUUCGGUUCAGAAUAUUUGAGGUCCCCAAAUAGCAAUGAUAUUGCUAGAUUAUUGGAGAUCGGGGAAAAUCGAGGUUUUCCUGGAAUGUUGGGGAGUAUUGACUGUAUGCAUUGGAAAUGGAAGAAUUGUCCGAGUGCGUGGAAAGGUAUGUAUACUGGUCAUAUCCACGAACCCACACUCAUAUUGGAAGCUAUAGCUUCGUAUGACCUUUGGAUAUGGCACGCAUUCUUUGGUAUGCCUGGUGCUCUCAAUGACAUCAAUGUGUUAGACCGAUCCAACGUUUUUUCAGAACUUACACAAGGUCGUGCACCUGCUGUGAACUUUCAUGUUAAUGGCAAUCAAUACUCAAUGGGGUAUUAUUUAGCUGAUGGAAUAUAUCCUUCAUGGGCAACUUUUGUGAAGACAAUACCAGCACCACAAAAUAACAAGACAAAACACUUUGUAAGAUGUCAAGAGUCAGCUAGAAAGGAUGUGGAGCGUGCAUUUGGUGUACUUCAAGCACGUUUUGCAAUUGUGCGUGGACCUGCACGUUAUCUCGAAACUGAUACACUCAAUGAUAUCAUGAUAGCAUGUGUAGUCUUGCAUCCAAUGACGUGUUUAGCCACGCUGAAACUAAAGCCACAUCUUCCUUUGUGGAAAAGUUACUAA